GGCGAGUGCAUUAAUUCGUUUGUUUAUGGUGAAAAUUUCCUAAUUUCCGUUGUUUUAUCAAUGCAUUUGUAAAAAAAUCUACCACCAACCCGCUGUUUGUGUUCAGUUAUUUCACUCAGAAGUAAAUUCCGUCGGUUUCAAGUGCGCUUUUGUGAAUUAUUUCGGAAUUGAAAACCCAUUGGCUGCAGGUUGCUCCUCCCCCUCGUACAGGAGUUGUAGACGCUGGCAGUCUUCAUCAGUGUUUGUACGCGACGAACAAAAGCGUCCGCGAACGCACGGUGUUGUGUUGUGGACCGAAAGGCGUUUAAAGAGCCACUGAAGUGCGACCGACGGACGACAGGACGGGGAUACGAAUCGUCCAGCUUCGAUAAACAACGAAUCCGAAACCGAAAUGGGAGACUGCUGCAAAUCAUGCCUGACCCGGAUACCGUACGCUACGCUGAUAGCGACGGUCAUGUGCCUUAUCGGGGUGGCCAUCUUCUGCGGAACGAUGUACCGCGGUACCUCACUGGCGAUCAUCAUGCUCGACCAGGUCUUUCAUCUGCGACUGUUGUGGAUUGAAGCAGUUCAAAUGAUCUUUGUGGUGAUCGGUGCCUCGAUGGCAGCCCUCGGACUGAUGAUUCUGUUUGUCGGAUUUCUGGCCACGGGUGCCACCCGGUACAAGGUCUACCGGGCGUGGGGUUCCCGCGUGGGUGGACGCAUCUCGUGUGCGGUGUUUAUGGGCAUUACCUACGUGCUGAAGAUCGUGUGGAUCGUGAUCUUGUGCUUUUUGAGCAUUGUAACGUUCAUGUUUACGGUCUUCUGGAACAUGUGCGAGAAUCCGAACGUGCAGUCGCACCGGAACUGCAUCGAUUUGACGCAAUUUUAUUUCAUGUUCCCGGCGGGCGUCAAGCAGGAAGACAUGAACAUCUGCGAACAGAGCAAGGUGAAGGCCUUCUGCAAGGAUGGCGUCGAGAAGUGCGAGAUCAUGUUCAUCCUGGCCACGGUCAGCUGUCUACUGAUCAUUCUGAGCUUGGUGCACUACCUGAUGUGCCUGGCGGCCAACUAUGCGCACAUCCGGGAUCACGAGAAGUUCCAGGAGCUGCAGGAGAUUCAGAAUCUGACCGAGAUGGAGUACACGGCGUCCUCCAAGGAUCGGUUCUAGGAUACGGCCCAGGAGAUUUAUAUUGAGCACAGCACCUGAUGAUGGCCGUCGUCAUUUGGCGGUGCUGUACGAGCAGCUUACGUUUAAGUUUACGUAAUUAUCCACGCGUAAAGUCUGGAGCGUUAGUUGAUCUUAUCUGUUUAUUAUUUUGCCGUCGUCGUUGGUAAGUCUUUAUACUUUCUAGAUUUAGGUUGUUUUCGGAUCGCUUUUUUUCUAAUGCAAAAUUUUGCGACAAUGAGUUAACGCUGUCCAACCUGCGUAAGUUUAUCCGUCCGUGGCGUAUGUACAAUUGUAGCUUUCAUUCAUAAGUCAUCGCAAACACAUUCCAAUUCUCUAGACUGGGCCUGCUCAAUAUAGGUACUCUUGGAACAACCAUUAGAAGGUAUAACAGUUAAAAUGAAAUACCCUAAAAUACUACAGAACACAAUCAGUAACAGUAACACAGCACAAACAACAGUAAACACAAAGGCUGACAUUCGAAUAGAAGAGAAGAUAGACACGACACAAGGGUGACAAUAAAACCGAAUAUUUGUUCAUUACCACUCUCUUGUCUCCUGAAUAACAGAACACAGCCUCAAUAGGAGACUCACUAAAGACGCAUUUCGCAUCACCUCUUCCUUUAUGAUUGACAGUUCUCUUUCAGAAUCCAUUUAAACAUCAUUUGAAAGGUCUUGUCCUGCAAAAAUCCUGUCGUUUUAGCAGAUCCAAAUACUUUCUUUCUUUGGAAGGGAAGUGAAAUCGUUGGUCCCGAGAUGGAGGGCAGGGUUGAAAGUCUUGUCGAGCAGUCGUGUCUUUGGCCACCCUCAGCAACACUACGCUCACACUGUAUACCACAAGCGUGCUUUUUUCAUGGUGCGUGUAAUCAGUAGACGACACGACCGCUCCCGGGUUAACAAAGAUAACUAUAGGAAUGAUCCUUGCCAGACACGUUUCUGAUAGAAGCUUUGUAGAUAUUUCUGUAUCUCAAAGUCUUCUCGCUUUUAUAAAAAAAAAAAAACACUUGGUUUAUCUAGAAUUAGAAUCCAGGAUCCAUUUUCCAGAACAGUUCGGACGACCUAAAAAUUCCAGAAGAAAAAGCUUAGUGAUAAAGACACGAAGGGUCUUGCGGUCUUCGCAAACAUUAAUUGUAUUCUGCAAGGGUACUGUCAUCCUUGAGGUACCCGGGAAGAAGAAAAUAACUAACGAAGAUCAAAUUUUGCCAUUAGAAAUGAAUAGCUGAAUGGCAAAAUUUGUUAUUGGUUUGUUGGGAAUAAGAGCUAAAAGAACAAAAAUAAUAACUAACUCAAUAAUAACUAAUUUAACCAAUAACAAAAUUCGAUCUUCAUCAAUAUUCUACUCAAAAUAAAACAAAUACUAAAUAACUCAUCAAUAACAAAACAAGUUAUGAUUCCAAAAUAUGCCAUUGGGAUGUUAUUUUACUUAGGAUGCUCAGAAGAACUUAUUUUGCUAUGAUUGCAUAUUUUGUUAUUAUUCAGUUAUUUAUUGUUAUUCAAUAAUAACUCAGAAAUAACUAAUUUUGCAAUGAUAACAUUUUUAGUUCUUAGCGAGUUAUUUAAUGUUAUUCAUAAAUAAAACAUAACAAUGAUAAGAUGAGAUAUGAUGACAAAAUUUGUUAUUAUUUUUGUCCUUGGUUUGUUCUUUGCCUCUACCCGGAUAUUUUGGUGCAAAAUUCGUCUCUUAACCAUGCACAAUUUCAAUAUUUUUCGAUAAUAUGUUAGUAGAACUGAACUGAAAACAUAUCUUCUCUAUACACAAAUGACCACGAAACCCAUAGCUACAGCCUCUGAAAAUUGCCCGACCUCUCUGACACACCGUGUGAUAUCGUAGAAACCGCAGUAUAGUAGCAGAUAACGAACAAACGAACUAAGGAUUCUAUUUUUGUAGUUUGAUCAUCCGAGAAAAGAACUAACAUAGAGAGCGUAUUUUAUGAUAUAGAAAUCCAUCACGUAGUAGCUUCUCACCUCCCUUGACCCAGAAAUCGGCGAAAUUGACGAGUAUUUUACGAAUUGGCGGAAACUGUUCAGUUGGGCGGUUCAUGUUAGUACGUGAAAUAGAGAAUGGAAGUAUGUAAUGUUAGUUAGAGCAAUCUUAUUGGGCUCAAGAUCGUAGAGCCGGUUUCCGAAAAACUUUUGUGUACGUAAUUUUAGACAUUUAACUGAAUCGUAAAUGUGAACAAUCCAUCAACAGCAUACACAAUCAUAAAAGUCAUUAUCACUCAUUACAUUCUAUAAUCGCAUUUAUCGUUCGUAAUCCAUUUGUAUUCGUCAAUCUGACUCAAACGUAUCAUCACUACCCAACUAAUCGACACAAAUAUCCAAUCAGUAUUCAUUAGAUAAAUCAUAAUUCUUAAUUUGUCAUUCCUAAUAACUCAUUCAUUAUCGCGUAUGAAUCGUUCUUCGUUGAAUUAUUGUGUCACUGUUAGUCGUUAACUUUUUCUCAUCGCUUUUCCUUACUUAUUCUACCCUCAAAAUCAAAUGCCAAGCUUUUUGGACUUAGAAGUUCGCUUUCUUCCGCUGAAUCCCUAUCUAUCGCUUCAUCGCUACAAUCUCAUACAUCGUAUCGGUUUCAUCGAUGCAUACUGUACUAAAAAAAAACCUUAUUCACUAAACUUAACUAAGUUUCAAAACAUUGAGAAAGUAAUAUAUAUAUAUAACUAAGAAAGGAAGCUAAGCACGCGUUGGAACGCAGCAAUGGAAAACCGUUUGAUAUAGGAUAGAUUUUUGUCCAUAUUGUAUUUGCGAGGCAAAACGUAUUGCAACAAAAUAAAACACUGAGUAUCCCUUUAAGGAUUUGGAGCCUUUUGGUUCCAGUGAAACGAAAACUCAAA